AUGGUGCCUUUAAUUGUGUGUUUUGCCUCCAACCUCACCCUGGAAGUACACCAAUAUCAAUUUCCCUGGAGUAAAUCCCCUUGAAGUCAUUAGGAUUAUUUUCCAAAGUGUUUUAAAAUUGAUGUAGCUUUUUCUUAAAGGCAGAACAGCUCAAAGUCCAACUACGGUUGGCAGAAGAUACCUAUGAAGAUGUUCACAAAGAACUCACUGAGCUUCAGCAGAGACUGCAGGAAUCAGAAGAGGCUUGUGAUCAGCGACAAAAAGAGCUACUGGAAUUUCACAUGGCUGUAGCAGAUGAGAGCAGAGAAAAGGAAGCACUUCAGAAGUCCAAUGCUGACCUCAGAGCAGCUGUCAAAAAAACAGAGAAUGAGAAGCUCAGACUGCAGAGAAUCAAGGAAGAACGAGAACAGAAGAUUGCCAUUCUGGAAGAAGCAAAAGCCGCAGUUGAGGUAGAGGUGGGAGAGCUCCGAGUAAAUCUACGGGAAGUAGAGAAGGCACACAUGGAAGCCAGAAGGGAGCUUCAGGAGCUGCGCAGAGAGGUAAAAUCUCUGGAGAGCAAGAACAGCAAGAAAACCCAGGAAGUCACUGAAUUACAACAUCAGUUGCUGCAAAAAGAACAACAGGACCAGCAGAACAGCAAAGAGGUCCUGGAUCUCAAACAGAAGAUAUCUACUCUAGAGAUUGGCCAUGAUUCUGCUCACAAGGAGGUGAUGAACUUGCAGAAGAAGCUGUCUUCUGCAGAGGUAAAGUCCCAACUUCAAGAGCAGGAUUUAAAGCACAGCUUUGCAGAGAGUUGCAUCAAGGAGAAGAAGUGGAAGGAUGAACUCCAUAGCCUGGAAGUGAAGCUUCAGGAAGCAAGCAGGACAAACGAGAGUCUCCAGCUGCGUCUCAGCACCUGUGAGGGAUGCAUCCAUGGUUUAGAAACAGAACUAGCCAAAACUGAAACAGCCAAGAGGGAGGUUGAACUGAAGUUAGUGGCACUCCACUCCACUCUCCGUCGCACACUGGGACUUGGAAGCCGGAGUCCAUCUCCCCAACGAUCCUCCUCUCCAGUCAAAGGAACCAGUGGACGCCAAACACCUGCAUCUCGCACUGGAUCACCUGAGAGGAGUCGUUCCCAUUCACCAUUUCGUCAAACUUCUCCCCUCAGGAGUGAGCAAACCACAAGUGAAAUUGAUCCAGAAGUAGUUCGAGAUGCUUUGAAGGACUUCCUUCAGGAGCUGCGGGACACCCAAAGAGAGAGGGAUGAUCUAAGAAUUCAGGUGAUGAAUAUGAGUCAUCAGCUGAAUGAAAUGGAGGCUGGCCGCGACCAAACACAAAGCCGUAUCCUGCAACUCCAGAAGUAUUUAGCAGACUGUGAGGAAGGUAAAAGGGGAACAGAUGGCCGUCUGAGCAGUGCACAAGUAGCACUGAUGCUGCAGGAGGAAACUAUUCGCAAAACAGAAAAGGAACGCCAAGCAUCUGCAGAACAGGUGGUCAACCUGGAACGCAACUUACGUAUUUGUCAGGAUAGGAACAAAGAAUUACAGGAGAAAGUCAAAGCUUUUAAAACCAAGGAAACCAAACUGGAAACAGAAAAAUGGAAGCUAAAAGAAGUUCUAGAAGCAGCAGAGAGCAGGGCCACCAAACUGGAGCUGAGCAACAGAGCUGUGGAAGGAGACUUACAACGAACACAGAUGAGCUUGACUUCAAGGGAUGAAGAGAUCCAGUCCCUACUUGGGCAAAUCCAGGAACUUCGAUGCCAGUUAGGAGACAGGGAGAACAAAACUGCACUACUGCAGCGAGAGCUUGACCACUUGACUCAUUCACUAGCCAGGACUGAAGGCACUGAAAGUCACUUUAAAGACAGGGUGCAAACUCUGUCUCAAGCACUCUCCAGUGCUACGGCUGGAACGUCCUCCCUGCAGGAGAACAUCUCACAACUCCAAAAGGCCCUGACAGCUGCAGAGCAAGACCGUCGACUACUCCAGGAUCGCUUUGACUCCAUGCGACAGGAAUUGUCAGAUAGCAAGAGGCAGAAUCAUAGCUUGACUAAUACAGUACAUUUGUUACAAAAUCGGCUGGCUGACAUGGAACUACAGUACAGAAAUCUGGAGAAGCAGAAGCACCAUCUCCAUGAAGCAGAGCGUGAGAAAUUUGGGAAAGAAGAUGAUACUUUUAGACUCAGUCAGAUGAGAGGACAGCUGGAUCGAUCUGUGAGUAGCCUACAGCAGGAGAUGGAAGACAUCAUGAUGCAAAAUGAACACCUGCAGGUUUGUUGGGCUUAUUGAACCGAAAGGUUACUAGACAGAUUAAUUAUUCAUAAAGUAGUGCUACAGAGAGCUUUGUAAAAUAAAAUAAAAAAAAAUGAUGUGUGCUUCUGCAUUCUUAUUUGCUGGUCUGAGAAGCAUAGCUUGUUCUAACAGCCCAUCCACCCUUUGGCUGGUAUGUUGAUGAACAGCAUAAUUUACUUUUUAUCACCUCUUCGCAGUUGCUUCAAGCACAAUAAUUAGAGGAGAAAGGAGCCAAUGCUCAUACCUAACACUCAAUUUCUUUAAAAGCUCUUGGAUCAUAUUGUACUGCAGAAGAGAAUAAAUAAUGUUUCUAAUUAUUAUAAACUAAAUUAUAAAGACGGUGAGAUGAAAUCCAUGAGCAACUGGCAAGCAAAGAAUUGUCUGUGUGCUUUGGGGGAUAUUUUUGGUGGAGAUUAAUAUUCAUUCUGGUGAAUUAUAUUGAAUGGCAAGAGGAAACCAGCUAAACAAGUUCCAGUUAUGCUUUUUUUUUGUUCUCCAAAUGCUCUAAGAUCUGACAUGGAGACACAGAUUACAAAAUCCAGCCCAUGUAGAUAAUUGAGAGAAGAAAAUACAAUGCCUAUUAAUGUAGGUCGUCUUCUGC